AUGUUUUACGCCGGAGUUCUAACCGCCACUGCCGGGCUCUUGGCCGCCACCAGUUCGGCAUUACCCCUCUUUGGAGACCACUCCGUGAUCGAAUACUGUACAGGAGUCCUUGACUGCCAUUUCGAACGCGUUCGCGAGAAUCAGUGUUUGAAGUUGAGCCAUCCUGGCAAUGUACAAUGGAUUGGAGGCUCGGACGACUGUUGGCUCUACGGUGACGAUGAGUGCAAUGGUGAUGGCAAGUACUCUCUUGACAUCCUUCCAACCAGCUUUGAUCCACCUUUCAAUGGCAUGGCCGUCUACUGUCCGUGA